AAGCUGCGGUUGGAUCUGUGCAAGCCACAAAAACAUAGAAUAAAGAAGAGAAGAGGCUACUUCAGGCGUUGACCGUAGAGCAUUAUGCAUACUGGGUUAAAGAGUCGAAGUCAACUUGGUGAACUUUCUUCGUCAGCCACCAAAUGCAAUUUAAUGCACUACAUUUAGCACAGGUCCGUGGCACGGGCAUAUAUGCUCACUCACCGAAACACUCUCAUGAUCAGAUGCUUCGCUAGCGCCAGCUUCGCCAAUGCGACUGUGUUUGCAAGCACGACCAAAUCCCAACACAGGCAGGGGCAGGCCACCGUUGUACCUACUGUGUGACAGUGAACCGAGUGUGGAAAGUGCAACGGUGCAACGUACUCCGUGCUGUGAAUGAGAAAUUAGCUUUUUUCUGUGUGUGGCGAUUAGAAUGUUCACAAGCGUUUGACUGCGCGCAUGACGCUUUUUCCGCAGUAAUAUAAUGGCGAUAACGCGGGUGGAUCGUCGAAACGAAACGUAUGCAGCUGGCACAAUUGUGAAUGUGCCGGUUAGCCCGGAAAGAAGCUGAACUUUCAUCUACACUGGAACAACGUAGUUCAUACAGUGUCACGUGCUAUUACAGCCGUUGCUGCCACCUUCGGAAUGUAAGACGGUAUCCGUGCGCACCUUUACUGUAAAGCUUACGUGUUCUCUGGAACAGUCCACUACUAAAGGAACCAUGGACGCGCAGGAACGCACGCUCUAUAUGGCCACUUUUGGGGUCGUGGCCGCAGGAUUGAUGCUGUUGCGACUUCGACGUAAGCGCCAGGAGCGUCGUAUGCGCGCGCUGCAACAGCGGAAUCGCCGUCUCGUGGCCCUUCUAGCCGCUCAGAAGUCUCCGACUCCAGAGCCACAGUCCCCGCGGAGAACCGGGCCGGGGCUCGGUGGUCGCGGCGGCGUUGGCGGCCGUAGACGUCGCAUUUGGACGCGCGUGCGUAGCGACAACUUUUGGCUUCACGUCAUGUCCGCCGACUUCAGCGCACAGGAUUGGCUUCACAACUUUCACCUGAGCCGCGCCACUUUCGAGCACGCCUGCGACCUGCUGCGCGAUCACAUUGCGACGCACGACACGGCCUGGAGACCCGCGACUCCCGUCGAAAAGAAGGUCGCUGUGUUCCUCUGGCGCCUGUCCAACAACUGCCACUACAAGGUCCUCAGCCAGCUGUUCGGCGUGGGGCGCUCGUCGGCGUGCCUGAUCCUCAAAGAAGCCAUCCAGGCGCUCAUCCUGCACGUCAUGCCGCGAGUGAUCAAGCCUUGCGAAAACACGCCGAGCUUCUUCGAAGAAGUGUACGGCCUGCCCGGCUGCCACGGCGUAAUCUGCUCGACUUACAUCGCUGUCAGCCCCCCGAACUAUGUCAAGGCUGAGUAUGCCGUGCCGGGCCAGGCGGACUUGUACGCCUGUCUGCUUCAGGUCGUGAUCGGUCGCGACGGCCAGAUCACGGCGGCUCGGGCUGGUCAGACGCCCUCUCGCCCGGGCAGACUAGAAGACUGGGCGUUUGUGCCCGAACUCGGCGCCCUUGAGCAAGACACGCCGUCGUCUUCAGCCGAGUCCAGAACGCCCGGUCCUUUUGCUUAUCUCGUGGCAGAUUCGUCGUUUCCGCUUCGUCCUGAAGUGUUGAAGCCAUACGACUUCGCCGCUACCAAGCCGCAGAGGACGUACAACAGCGCCCUGAACGGAGCCAUAGGCUAUGCUUCGCAGACGGUGCUGAAGUUGAAGGCCCGCUGGAAGUGCCUGGCGGCCAAGUACGAAGGAGACCUGAGUAGCGUGGGAGACUUGGUGUUGGCCUGCUGCGUGCUGCACAAUAUCUGUGAGGCCAAAGGGGAUCGCUUUGAACCACGCUGGGCAGAAGGCAUCACUGCAACUCAUCCAGCAUCCUGUCAUGUCCCCACGGUCUCAGAUGAGAUGCUGAACAAGGCUAGGAUCAAGAGAGAUGCUCUGGCCAUCAAGUUGGCAACUAGAGAUGUUUGAGACAGCAUCUUGUGAUUACGAAAUGAGAUGCCCAUACCUUAACUAGAUUGCCAGAGGCAAGAAGUUGGCCAAGGAGGUUUGCCUGAACAGGCCUCACAUUGCACAGGAUUUCAGAACUCUGCGCCUGAUGACCAAAAUUCAAUGAAAUGCCCAUUGUGCACUUGGAAGCGCAAGAAAUCUUGAUGUAAUGUAGAAGAGUGAUAGUGUCAAAAGAACUCUCUUCUGGUCGCGUACAGUGCUCAAAAUCGAUCAGUUUCAUCCAGCUCAUUAAGUUUCCCUUUGUUCUUCACUGGUGUGGCUGUAAACAUCGCACAGGCACCCCGGAUAAUGGAUGGGCUUCUUGAAAAGACCGCGACUGACGACAGAUGUAUGAACUCUAACCAUUUAACAAGACAAGCCUUGUUGGACGUAGCCAUUUAAUCAUCCAGAUCCCAUGCCCAAUCCAAUGUUCUGUUCCCAGCAGUGCCAAUUGCAUUUUUAAACGUAGAGCAAGAUGCACAAACAUAUUCACCAAGACAUUGCCAUGUACUGAAGAGCAUCAGCUUACAGGAUGGUCAUCUCUCGUACUCCAAACCGGACAUGGGAGAAAUCCGAGAUUUACAAACAGCUGCAACUUAUUGACCAGGAAGUUUGACACUGUGCACAGAUUUUCUGCUGUAUUUGAAGGUCUCCUCACUGAGGCUUAGGCAAAGAAGCGAGUAAGGCUUGCUGAAUGGAACCGAGAAUAAAAUAUAGUUGAAGAGGCCUGCAUGGAGGUUAAGGCUUACAUUAAGGCUAGUCGGAAUAGGAUUAUUCGGAUACAGCCUCGAGACAUGCGGUCUAAGUCAUCCAGAGUCUACAUCAGUAGUGAUGAUUAAGUGAAUUUGUAAAAAGAUGUGGCAUCAGUCAUGUGUGUUUGUUUACAAAGGAUAAUAUGCCGAGCUGAGAAAGUGCUGACAUUUGUUGACACCAUCUUGUGGCCUACACCCAGGUCAUCAGCAUUACUUGCCACGAACAGCCCACUUCCCUGCAUUGCUGUUGUUAGAGACACUAGUCGCUGGAGGAUAGGAGUGAUGUGCUCUGUGGACCAGAACAGUGGUGAUGUGUGCCUGUGGAAAACUGAAUAACAAUAGAUCUUUAGCUCUCCGUAAGCUAUUUCCACUUGUGGAAUAUUGGGUAGUCGGACCCACAUACAUCGGCAUCCACAUUGGCGGUGCCAUUUUGCAGCACACAAAGAUGACAUUGCAUUAUAAAAGACCCUAAAGACUCAUGUUUGCAAGUUUUGAGGACAUUUUUGUUGAUAAUAAUGCGUCUGAAAUCCUUCAAAAUCUGCCAUCAGGGCUAUCAUCAGGGCUAUCGGAGAAAUCCAAAUUAGGGUGCCCAAGUGUUCGGGGACUCAAACUGCCAGGCGCGCAAAAGAAUGCGCAGCAAGCCAAAAAGUGUGCCAAGGGCCCACAAUGGAGUUUGUGUCCCCCAACGGUUGGGUGUGGCUUGGGUACCUUAUUCUAAAAUUCUCUGUUACUGCAAUUGCCAACCACAUAUUUAGCUGCUGGCAUAAAGCGUCAAUAGCGAUACAACUCUUGAUGUGCAGUUCUUUUCACAGUUUUCUUUCAAUGAGAAUACGUGCAACAAAAAAAUAUUUCAAACGUUGGAGUUGGACAAAAUGUUGCAAGAUGCAACUACCAGCAAUGCUGCUACCCUCCAUAGGUCCGGUAACCUGGUGUUCUGCAAAAGGCAAUAUGCUUACACAGAAGCUAAAUCUCUGUAAUUAUGUAACUGACUCUACCUUCUUGUUUUUAAACAACAUGCUUUUAAUACAGCCUUUCAAUUGA